UUCAUAGGAGAGGGCUGAGAGAGUGGUGCAGCAUAAUCAGGGAUUUAGGAAGCAAGAGGACUGGUGGCAAAGAACUGGAGCCUGGAAAUACAGCAGGAGACAGAGACAGAAACACCAAUGGCUCCCUACCACAUCAGGAGAUACCAGGACCAUGACUGGGAGCCUGUGAGGGAAUUAUUCUCUCAAGGAUUGCUGGGGAAUAUGCCUUCUGACUUCCGGCACUUACUGAAGAAGCCAAGAACAUUUCUGAUCAUCCUGGGGGUGCCCUUUGCCCUGUUCUUGGGCUCUGGCUCCCUUGUCCUGUGUCUCCUGUCUUUAUUGGGCCUUUUAGCUGGCCACUGGCUGACUUUUAGGCAUUGUAUAAUACAGUAUAUAGAUAAGUCCUUGCACAAUGACCUGUUGGAUAUCCAGAAAUCCUACCUGAGUGGGAGAGGCUCCAGUUUUUGGGUGGCAGAGUCUGAGUACCAAGUUGUGGGCAUCGUGGGUGCCCGUCCAGCUUCAGGGCCCAUUGGUGGAAGAAACUACCUGGAAUUGCGCCGCUUGUCUGUGAAGAGGACUUAUCGAGGCAAAGGGAUGGCCAGGACCUUGAUCCAGACUGUGCUCCAGUUUGCCAGGGAUGAGGGGUAUGAUGGAGUAGUUCUUGGGACUCCCAACUCCUAUCACCCAGCUCAGCGACUUUAUGAGAGUCUUGGCUUCUGGAAAUACCAUGAAUCAGGGUAUUACUUGAAUUGGUGGCUAGGUUUCUUCUCAGUUUGGCAUUACCAAUGUGAUUUUUCCUCCCAGAAAUGACUGUCUCCCUGCCUCAACUUUCAUGCCUCUCAGUGCUUUAUGGAUUUGUUUACGGGAUCCACAACAGUGUGCUCUGCUUAUUAAAGUUGUUGACUUUCCUGCCA